UAGGCGAUAUAUUAACAGAAAUAACGCCUCCUAAUAUCAAAGUACUUUUUGGGUCAAGUCAAAUUGAAAUAUAAUGUUUUUGCAUAACACAAAGCUGUGUCGACUGGCAGGCAGCCUGGCGAGCGGUGCUCGCCACCUGAGCAGCCAAAAACCGAAGACCGCGAUCCUAAUGCUUAACAUGGGUGGACCGACGCAUACGGACCAAGUGCACGACUACCUGCUACGUAUCAUGACCGACCGGGACAUGAUUCAGCUGCCCGUGCAAAGCCGCCUCGGUCCGUGGAUUGCCCAGCGCAGAACGCCGGAGGUGCAGAAAAAGUACAAGGAGAUUGGCGGGGGCUCUCCCAUACUGAAGUGGACAGAGUUGCAAGGUCAGCUCAUGUGCGAGCAGUUGGACAGAAUUUCUCCGGAAACAGGUCCCCAUAAGCACUACGUGGGCUUCCGCUACGUGAAUCCCCUCACCGAGAACACGUUGGCUGAGAUCGAAAACGAUAAACCUGAGCGCAUUGUCCUCUUCUCGCAAUAUCCACAGUACAGCUGUGCCACCUCUGGCUCCAGCUUUAACUCGAUAUUCACCCAUUACCGCAGCAAUAACUUGCCCUCGGACAUUAAGUGGAGCAUCAUCGAUAGGUGGGGCACUCAUCCACUCCUAAUCAAAACCUUCGCCCAGCGAAUUCGCGAUGAACUCGCCAAGUUCGUAGAGACAAAGCGUAACGAUGUGGUUAUCCUCUUCACUGCUCACUCCCUCCCUCUGAAAGCUGUGAACCGAGGCGAUGCCUAUCCUUCGGAGAUUGGGGCUAGUGUACACAUGGUCAUGCAGGAACUGGGACAAACGAAUCCGUAUAGCUUAGCUUGGCAGUCUAAGGUAGGGCCACUGCCCUGGCUAGCACCCGCCACCGAUGAUGCCAUCAAGGGCUAUGUAAAACAAGGCCUGAAGAACUUUAUUCUGGUGCCCAUCGCCUUUGUGAAUGAGCACAUCGAAACACUGCACGAACUGGAUAUCGAGUACUGCGACGAACUAGCGAAGGAGGUCGGCGUGGAGGAGAUCAGACGGGCGGCAGCCCCCAACGACCAUCCUCUGUUUAUUGACGCCUUGAGCAACAUUGUGGCAGACCACCUGAAGUCCCAGCAGUCGGUUAAUCCCAAGUUUCUAAUGCGCUGCCCCAUGUGUUCCAAUCCAAAGUGCAGAGAGAGUAAGAGCUGGUACCGUCAGCUCUGUUCAAGCUAGGCAAGUGAUGCAUUUCGCGGAAUUCCGACGCACUGCGUGACAGGUAUUCCAAUCGCUCCAGCUGGGGCUGUCAUUCAUACAUUAUUCUGGGUCUCUGGGGGAUAGGCUUUUCACAUAACCUUGUGCAUUAAUAAAAGACACUGCCGAGCAGUAAAUAUAAUACAAA